AUGAACGCAUCUUUUCGAUCCGAUAUGACACUCUCUUCGGAAUCAACAUUGACAUGGAAUGGAAGCUCAAAGAAACGAAAAAGUAUGAUGAAUAACAUAUCGGAGAAUGUUGAUCAUCACACUGAUGAAACUUCAGUUUCAAACGAUCAUUCGAAUAUUAAUACUAAAACGAAAGAGGAAUUUAAAGUCAUUAAAAGUUUUCCCAAUAAUGCAGCUAAAAAAACAAAACUUUCCUCGAAUGAAAAAUAUUUAAAAAUUCAACAAGAAAGAAAGUCUCUUCCAAUUUAUAGUGCUCGAGACGCGUUAAUUGAGGAAUUUAAAAAAAGUAAAACAAUUGUAGUAGUUGGUGAGACUGGUUCAGGAAAGACAACUCAAAUUCCACAAUUCAUUUUUGAGAGUGGUAUUUGUGGAGAGGGAUGUAUUGCAAUUACACAACCAAGAAGAGUUGCUGCCAUUUCAAUUUCUAGACGUGUCUCAGAGGAAAUGAACAUCAAACUAGGAGAACAAGUUGGUUACACAAUUCGUUUUGAAGAUGUGUCGCAUCCGCAAAAAACAAGAAUUAAGUAUUUAACGGACGGUAUGCUGCUCAGAGAGUCACAAAUAGAUCCUCUACUUAAAAGAUACUCUGUAAUUAUUCUUGACGAAGCUCACGAAAGAACUUUGCAUACAGAUGUUCUGUUUGGUGUUGUGAAACGAUUGUUGAGCCAACGAGAUGAUUUAAAAGUUAUAAUCAUGAGUGCCACCUUAGAGGCUCAAGCUUUUUCUAAAUUCUACGACAAUGCCAAGAUUUUAUAUGUCUCUGGUCGUCAAUUUCCUGUAGAAAUUUAUUAUACAGAACAACCAAUUGCUGACUAUGUAGAUGCUGCAAUUACUACAACUUUUCAAAUCCACUUGGAUGAACAAACAGAGCAAGGAGAAUCCAAAGGAGACAUUCUUGUAUUUUUAACAGGACAAGAAGAAAUUGAACAAGUGGCCAAAUUGUUGGAACAAAAAGCACAACUUCUUCCACCUGAAUCACUUAAGUUAAUGGUAUGCCCUAUCUUCUCUGCCUUACCCUCAGAGAAACAAAUGGAAGUAUUUGAACCUGCCCCUCCUGGUUGUAGAAAAGUCAUUCUCGCAACCAACAUUGCAGAAACAUCCAUUACCAUUAAUGGCAUUCGAUUUGUCAUUGAUACAGGUUUUGUGAAAUCUAAGGCUUUUAAUCCGCUCAAUGGAAUGGAGUCUUUAGCUCUCACUCCAAUAUCCAAAGCCUCUGCUCGUCAAAGAUCUGGUAGAGCCGGCAGAGAAUCGAGUGGAAAAUGUUAUCGACUCUACACGGAGGAAGCUUAUCACGCUCUAGAUGAUUUCACAUUACCAGAGAUUUUGAGAUGUAAUCUCUCUACAGUGGUUCUUCAACUUAAAUCGAUGGGAAUUGAUAAGGUACACAAAUUUGAUUUUAUGGACAAACCUCCAAAAGAGUCUCUCAAAAAGUCGCUUGAAACUCUUUAUCAUUUAGGAGCUUUGGAUGAUAAAGGAUCACUCACUGAAUUGGGAGUAAGGAUGGCAGGUUUCCCAUUGGAACCAAUGUUUGCCGUCUCUUUGUUGAGAUCGACAGAAUUUGGAUGUACCAAAGAAGUUCUCGAUAUUGUUUCCAUGCUCUCAGUGGAAUCCAUUUUCUAUGCUCCUUUUCAUAAACGAGAGGAGGCUAACAAGAUUAAGAUGAAAUUUGUCUCACGAACAGGAGAUCAUUUAACAUUAUUGACUGCCUUUCGAGAAUUUAAUCUAGUGAAAAAGAGUGCAAAAGAAGAUAUCAAAAAGUGGUGUUUUGAUCACUACAUUAAUUACAAAUCCAUGACCAAAGUAUUGGAAGUGAGAAAACAACUGAGAGACUAUCUCCUCAACAUGAAUAUUGAAAUUGUUUCAUGUGGGAAAGACACGACUAUGGUUCGAAAAGCACUCUGUGCUGGAUUUUUCACAAAUAUUGCCGUUCGAGUGCCCAAUAAGAGAAUGUAUCGAACGGUGACUGAUAAUAUUGAGGUGAGAGUUCAUCCUUCCAGUGUUUUACAAGAUCCAUUUCCUGAUUGUGUUCUAUUUAAUCAAAUGAUUCUCACAACCAAACAAUACAUUAGAGAUGUGUGUGCGAUUGAUGGCGAUUGGCUCAAAGAUGUCGUUCCUCCUCAAUACAGAAAUUUGUUGGGGACUCAAACUGCAAACAUGCUCAAAGAGACACAAGAAGCCAAACAAACUGUGGAAGAGAGAACGAAUAAGAACAAACAGCAACAAACAUUUGUUGUGAAACACACACCCUAA